AUGGAGAAAUCACAGGCCAAGCCAAAGAGCAAGAAGGUGCUGAAGUUCUUGCCAAGAACAGUUUCAUCCAUCAGCUUCUUCCAAAACCCUCCUUUUAGCCCCGAUCGAGACAAGAGACUGCCGUCGUCAUCGUCCUCAUAUUCGUCGGAGCUCAUUAACAGCACAAAGCGCAGGCUCAGAUCCCAUGUCGGCACAGGUUUUUCCGGUCCACUCAUAUCCCUAAUUCCCGACGAAGCUCGAGCCAAGAACAGGAAUGACCGAGACUUCGACGUGAACGAACCCACAUCGCCGAAAGUCUCGUGCAUGGGCCAGAUCAAGCACAAGAACAAGAAAUCGUGGCCGUCGUCAGCUGCUAAAGCUGAUAAACGUUCUUCCUUCUCCUCAUCUGCUUCUUCUUCAUUUUCCAAGUUGAAACGGGAUGUCAAUAAGCCUCCGAGAUCGAGUAAUACUCACGAGAAGCAGAGCUCAACGUUAAAGAGAAUAUUCAGCAGAGCUAGAGGAGGCAACAAGAAGAAACCGUCUGAUACUUCGGGAAAUAAUUGCCGGAAGCCACCGUUGCUUCCCGACAGAGCCCCGUCCUUGAGUCAGAUGAAAAGGUUUGCGAGCGGGAGGGACACGCUGGCAAGCUUCGACUGGUCGGCAGAAGUCGGGCCGGUGUUGGACGCCGACCGCCAGGACUACUAUCACUACUACUCGGACGAAGAGAGGAGAGAGAGUGAUCAAGAAGAGGAGGAUGAUAAAGUGAUCAUUCCUUUCUCUGCACCAAUUCCGGUUGGUGGCGGUGGCGUCAGGGUGAAUCCACAAUCGAGGAAAGAGAUCAACCUGUGGAAGAGAAGGACCAUGGAUCCUCCUAGACCUCUCGAAUUGUACCAACCCGCCACGGUUAGAGCAAAUUGA